GAAAUUGAGUGAACAAAAAAAUAUAUAUAUUAUUUAGAUUAAUGUUUGGUGAUUUAAGAUAACUAAAAGGAAAAAAGAAAGUUAUUUAAUAAAAAAGUUUAUACUUCAAGUACUCUGCCUAAACUCUUCUCCAACCUAUAUAGCCAAAAUCAUGAAACCCUCCCACCUUUUUCUGUGCACCAGUGCCUUAAUUACUACCACAAUAGCAUUACAACCCUACAGAUCAAACGACGUAGACUAUUUUCUAAAACGUUCUGGUAUACAAAAGACACAUUUUAACUGGAAUAAAGUUGGCAAUGGUAAUUUGUUAGUGACUGAUCUAGACAACUUUCGUGGCUUCAUGGUGUGGAUGCGACAAGUUUUACUCAACAAUGCUUAUAAUGAUUGGAAUUAUUUGAUAAAAUACAACUGGAAAAAGGGAAAAAUACAAAGACCUCGUCUAAAAGGAGAAGAUUUUCCCUGUAAAUUAAAUAAUACCCGUUCUUGGGAACCACCUAAAUCAGUGCAUAAAUUAAGACCCGGAGAUAUAGAUGUGGUGGGUGCCAUAGGUGAUUCUUUGUCAGCCGGUAAUGGUAUUAUUUCAGAACAGAUAAUACACAUUGCCAUGGAAUUUAGAGGUUUGGCUUUUUCCGGCGGUGGCAUAGAGGACUGGCGUACGGUUUUAACUUUACCUAAUAUACUAAAAGUUUUCAAUCCAAAACUAUAUGGUUAUGCUACGGGUGAAGUUUUAACUGUUAACCGUAAUUCACAUUUAAAUAUAGCUGAACCAAUGAUUAUGUCCCGUGACUUAGUUUAUCAAUCGAAUAUAUUUAUAGCACGUUUGAAAAGUGAUCCUAAAGUGGAUUUUAAAAAUCAUUGGAAAUUAUUAACAAUUUUUGUAGGUAACAACGACAUUUGCUCUGAUAUGUGUCAUCAUGAUAAUAUGGUGGAUUUUCUGCGUAAACAUGAACGUGAUUUGCGAAAUGCACUUACGCUGCUACGAGAUAAUGUUCCCAGGUUGGUAAUUAAUCUCUUAUCUGUUCCUAAUAUGGUCACCUCUCUGCUGCCAAUGAAAAAUAUUCCACUUGCCUGUCAAGCUGUUCAUCGUGUUGGCUGUCAUUGUAUUUUUAGCGAACUCUAUAGUCCUGAAUUUAUCAAAAGAGCUUAUAACUAUAUAACACGUUGGCAGGCAGUUGACAAAUAUGUUGCCGAAUUGCCAGAAUUUAAAACAGAUGAUUUUAUUGUUUUAUAUCAACCGUUUACGGCAAACGUUAGUAUGCCUAUACUGGCCAAUGGCGAUACAGAUUUACGUUAUUUUUCCAGUGAUUGUUUUCAUUUCAGUCAAUUGGGUCAUGCUGCUAUAGCGAAUGCCUUAUGGAAUAAUAUGCUGCAGCCUAAAGGGAAAAAACAAACUGUAUUUUUAGAACCAUUUGCAAAAUUUGAAUGUCCCACCGAGGAAAAACCGUUUAUAGUAACAUAGAAGAAUAGUUUUAAUAUAUGUAUGUAG